AGGGCUGUCUAAUCUGAGACGCUGCCUUUUAUCUUCCUGUACAGAAAAAGGUGAAAUCACAGUUCGAAGGCCUGAAGAAAGCCAUGAAGAAAGUCAAGGCUGAGACUCAAACUGUGGCGAAGAAGCUUCCGAGAAAAAUCAAGCCAGACCCCCCUGUUCAGGAGGAAGCCGUUGUGGAGGACGAAGAGGAGGAGGAGGAGGAGGAGGAGGUGGAGGUGGAGGAGCAGCACCAGCACAAGGUUGAGUGCCCGCAGCAGGAGCCCAGCCCUCCGAUUCAGGAAGAAACAGUCCAGGAGACUCCCGUCCAGUUGGUACGUAGGUCCGGUCAGCCUGGUGCCCUCUCGCGGGUCGCAGGGCGGA